UAUGUAGAAACAAAACCAGAUCCUUCCUCCAUCCAAAUAAACCCGAUUUAAAGCACACACCACACAUGCUCCAAAAGCCUAGCAACCAAAAAGACACACCAACAAAAACCCAGUUCUGCCCUGCUCAUGACCCAUACAAUCCAAUCAAAGUAAUCCUUGGUUAAUAUAUCAUCAGCAGCAAACAAUUAAUGGCGGCCUGGCUAUUUGCCAUGGUUGCGGUCCUGACCGCUGCUGCCGUGGUGUGGAAGAUGUGGCGGUUGUUCCGGCAGGUGGUCUGGCGGCCGUACGUCGUCACCAAGCGGCUCCGACGAGGAGGCGUGAGGUGCCCGCCUUACUCCUUCGUUUCCGGGUCCAUGAAGGAGGUGAAGAGGCUGCAGGAGGAAGCCGGCCGGAUCGUUUUACCACCGCACUCCAAUGACAUCACUCACCGAGUUCUUCCUCAUUUCCACGCCUGGUCCAGGCAGUACGGGGAACCCUUCUUCUAUUGGGCCGGGACGCAACCCCGGGUCUACAUAUCCGACCCGGAGCUGGCGAAAGAAAUACUGGCCAAGUUCGAGCUGUACGUGAAACCAGAGCCCAGGCACGCGGUGAAAAUGCUGGUCGGCGAAGGCGUGGCUCUAGCCAACGGGAUCGACUGGGUCAGGCGCCGGCGGAUCCUUAACCCGGCCUUCUCUGUAGACAAACUUAAGGUUAUGAUAAACGCAAUUACGGAAUGUACAGAAUCCAUCCUCCACGAAUGGCGAAAUCAGGCCAUGGCAGCCAAAAAUCAAGCCCUAACCCUAGAGAUGAACGACGAAUUCCAGAAGCUAACUGCUGAUAUAAUUGCUCGCACCGCCUUUGGGAGCAGCUAUGUGCAAGGGAAAGAAGCCUUCAUGGGCCAAAAACGGCUUCAGAAGUACUGUGCUGAUUCACUUCUGAGCGCCUUCGUCCCUGGCAGCAGGUAUCUCCCAACUCCUUCCAACAUUCAGUUGUGGAAGCUUGAUUGGAAGGUCAAGAACUCGCUGCGCAACAUCGUAAAGAGCAGGCUCGAGAGCUGCGAGUCUACGAGUUGCGACGACAACUCGAGUUAUGGAGACGAUCUGCUCGGUCUGCUGAUAGCAUCCUCGGAGAAGAGCGGUAACAAAGGUGCCGGGCCCAAGUUGGACUUGGAUGAGAUCAUAGAGGAAUGCAAGACAUUUUUUUUUGCAGGUCACGAGACCAGCUCCAAUCUGCUUACUUGGACAAUCUUCCUCCUCAGCAUUCAUCAGGACUGGCAAUCCAAAGUCAGAGAAGAAGUGCAGAAGGAAUGUGCUGCGGGGAUACACACUGCGGACACCUUGACCCGGCUCAAACUGGUGAAUAUGGUUUUGAUGGAGGCACUGAGGCUCUACUGUCCAAUCCCGGAGCUGAUUAGGGAAGCCUCAGAGGACAUCGAGCUCGGCAACUUCAGCAUACCAAAGGGAACUUGUGUGAUGAUUCCAAUCACAAAGAUCCACACCAGCAGGGAGUAUUGGGGAGAAGAUGCGCUCGAUUUCAACCCGCUGAGGUUCGCAGAUGGUGCUGCGAAAGCGGUGAAACACCACCACCACCCGAGCGCUUUCCUUCCUUUCGCGCUGGGACCUCGAACGUGCAUCGGCCAGAACUUCGCGAUGUUGGAAUCCAAGACGGUGUUGGCGCUCUUGCUUCAGAACUUCUCGUUUACUCUGUCUGUUGAUUACAAACACACUCCAGUCAGCUACAUUAGUAUGCAACCUCAGUUCGGACUUCCCGUUCUUCUGCAUCCUUUGUGCAAGUGACUCCUUUUCGUUUCUUGAACACACUUUGGGUUAUCUAUGUAAAUAAAACUCAAUUAAUAAUGAUUUAUCAUUGGUUCGUUAUAUCGAUUGUAUUUUGUUUGGAUUGAACAGCAUGCGUAUAAGCCUGAAUGAAUUCCUAAACGUUUCCUUGUCAAGUAUGUUAUAAGUAUGGUUGAG